AUGAUAGACAAGUUAUUUUUCCCUGAUGACAAGAAGGAGAACGAGAAUGACACCAUACCUGACAGUUUCCAGGAUGAAAAGGACUCAAAGUUAAGAUCACAAUUAGAGACUCUCCAAACUGAAAGGAAAGAUUUUGAGGAACGACUGAAAUAUUUGUUGGAAAGUAAAAAACUGAUGACUGGACAUUUGUCUUUACUAAGAGAAGAAGUGGAAGAUCUAGACAGUAACAAUUCUAGUUUAAUACAUGAAAACGAGCAAUUGCUCCAGAAAUACAAUAGAUUAAAAUGGAUUAAAGAAAACAAAGAUCAGAACUUAAAACUUCGGGUUAAUUAUAAGGAAUUAGAAAUUAUGUUAAAGAGACUAUCUGAUGAGAAGAUUCUUCUAAGGAAAGUAACGGAAGAAAUGCAAUUAAGAAUCACGAACAUUAAGAGAGAAAGAAAUGAGUCAGAAUCUCAGGAAUUUUACUUAUUAGAAGAAAUAAAUAAACAAAAAACUGAAGUUAACAGGUUAACAAACUUCAUCCAAGAGGGUCAGAAAAAGAAAAGUGAGUUAGAAGAAGUACAAAGAUCAGAGAAUAGUAGACAGGAACAACUUAUUAAAAAAUUAGAUAUUAAGUCUACAACUUUGAAUGAAAAACUCAAGAAUCUAAGGAAACAAAAUGACCACAAUAACGAAGAACUUAGGACUAUGGCUUGCCUAGUAGAGAAACAUAAUGAUAGAUUUCGUGGAUGGAAAGAAAAAGAGACCCUUUUAAUCAAUCAAACCAAAGAACUGGAGAGUCUUUUGAAAAAAAUUGAUGACCAGAUGUUUGAAGUUAAUAAAUCUGCUAAAGAUCACCGAUCAAAGAUUAACCAGACGAACAUCACAUAUAUAUCGAAUGCUACGAAAGAAUUUUCACUGCAAAAGAAGAAAAUCGAGAAGCAUUUUGAAGCACUGAUAACGCAUGAGACAAAGAGAUAA